AUGGCUUUCUCCUCUUUGGCAGAUGAAUUAGCAGGAGCAUUCGAUAAUGAUCCUUCUCUAGACCAAGGAGAAGGGAUAGGAUUGGGACAGUCGCUUGCCGAUGAAUUUGGAUUAGACUAUGGGUCGGAGCAUAAUCUCGAGCAUGCUGAAGCAGGAGAUGAGUUCGAUGUCGUAACACAACUUCCCUCUACCCCUCCGACCCCUUCAGGCAGGAAUGGUAGCUCGCCAAAGCCAAUCACUCCUCCUCAGAAUGGACGAAGAACCGCCAAAUCUUCAUACGAACCUACCAACCUCGAUGAUAUCUCGCCAAACAGGGGAAUAGAUCUAGAUCUAGAGUUGGAAUUGGAGUACGGACAAAACCAUUCAUUCUCUACUCAACCUCAUUUUGAAGCUGAAGAUUCCGACAAUUACGAGUACGAGCAAGAUCAAUUUGAUAAUCUACCUCUUGCCGCCAGUCCAGUAAGAGUCAGAGGUAUACAAAGCAAAUCUUCUCUUCGGUCCCUACGAGUCAACCACAAAUCGUCCGUUAGAUCCUUGCGCCCUCUAAUUGUAAAUGACAAGGAAGUAGGGAUUCAAGAAGCUUUGAUCGUCUUAUCAGAAGGUAUAUCAAACAAUUCCAGAUUGUUAAAUUCCUUACGACAGAUAAAUCAACAUCACCAGGGAGAAGGUGAAGAAGAUGUAGAAAUUAGGUUGCAGAGGCAUCUGAAUAGGAUGAAUGAAGUUGAGCGGACUAGAGAUGAGUGGAUUAGGGAUCUAGGAAUUUGGUGGAGAGAAGUUGGAUUAGGUGGGUUGGAAGGCAACGGAAGAAUGGGUGGUGCAGAUAACAAGUUGAUUGAUGUGAAUGAGGAGGAUGAGGAGGAGGAGGAAGGAGAAAGUUUAGGAUGGACAGGUGAAUCGAUUGUUGAUGACAAUAAUCACUUAUCUAAAGGGGAAGAAUUAUCGAAGAAUCCUCGAAUUGCUUUAUCUCACGAACAAGAUCAUAUAGAUCCGCAGGAUAGUCUACUCCUUGAUGAUGACGAGCAUGACUAUUUCCUCACAUAUCCAUCUGAUCAAUCGCUAAUGUCACCCAUCACCCCAUCAAAACACCACCGACCAGCUCAGGAUCUGCCUAAAUUAAUAAUGGCUAUACAAAAAGAUAACGACAUACUUUUACUUUCUCUGAGGAAUUUGCAAGAUACGAUUCAUACCACCACCUCAUUCCAUACAUCCUUGGCGAGGAUGAUGAAAGGUAUAAAAUCAUCUAUUGAUUCGUAUCGCGAGCGGGAAAAUGUAGAAGAACAAGCUAGGAGGAAAAUAGAGGAAUGGGAAGCAGAAAGAUUGAAGAUCGGUUUGACUAGGAAUAAUGCUGGAGGAGGGGAAGAAGGAUGGACCAUCAAGGAGAGGUUGGAUAGGGAAUGUAGAGAGUUUGAAGAUGUGUUGGAGAGGUAUGGGGAUAGGUUGAAGGGGUUGAAAGAAGGUACGAGGGGAGUGGUGGUAGCUGCAUAG